UACUCUUCAAUGGCUGUCCUCCUGCAGACACACUGAGGAUUUGUAAUCCACGCGUGGAAGAAUGAAUAAUAUCAUACUGCAUGCACGGCUAUUUUAAUUACAUGUCUGGUUCAGUUACAGGCUAAGAUUUCUCUCAAAUGCGGGGAAUUAUUUCCAGCUUUAAUCGACCUUGCACAAUAUAACCUCCAGCUAAAGGAGCUAGACCUGCUGUCUGACAGCUCUCAAGUGCAUCUUAAUUUUUUAAUAUAUAUGUGAGACUUCUUCUAAAUCCAAACUUACUUUUUUAUUCCGUCUAGUGUCGUUGGAGCAACAUUUCGAGCUUACUUAAAAUAGUAAUAAUUAUUUAAAGUGCAAUUUUAACGCGUUUCAGACGACUCGUCCUUGCAAUCUGAAUCCGAAUCGCCACUUCUUUAUUAAAACAAAAGCAGCGCGUUCACAUCUAGAUAUAAAACUAAAUCUAGAUUUUACUCUCGUUUUGAUAAUAAUUUCAGGCUCAAAUACACGGCGCUGAAUGGGAGUGAAACUCUCCCACACGGAAGUGACUUACACACAUUAGGCCAGUGAUCACUGUGUGCUUUCUUACUGUUUUUAUAUUAGUUGCGUUCAUUUAAUUGGUUAUUAAAAUGAUCCCUGAUAAGGCACCAGGCGAUAACGUGUUACAUGCUUCAGAGGACUUGAAGAAAGAAGCGCACAUCCCCAGUUUUGAGAAAUACAAAGAGCUCUACAUCAACUCUGUCGAGUCUCCUGAGGAGUUCUGGGGAGAUGUCGCCAAAGAUUUUUUCUGGAAGACAAAAUACACUGGGAAGUUCCUGGACUACAAUUUCGACGUGACCAAGGGUGAGAUUUACGUGAAGUGCAUGGAAGGCGCCACAACCAACAUCUGCUAUAAUGUUUUGGACCGCAUCGUCCAUGAGAGGAAACUGGGUGACAGAGUGGCUUUUUACUGGGAGGGUAAUGAACCUGGAGAUGAGAAGACGGUGACCUACAGAGAACUGCUCCAGCAAGUCUGCAAGUUUGCUAAUGUCCUCAAGUCACAAGGAGUGAAGAAAGGUGACCGUGUGUCUAUUUACAUGCCCAUGGUGGUGGAGCUGGUGGUGGCCAUGUUGGCCUGCGCUCGGAUUGGAGCGGUUCACUCUAUUGUGUUUGCCGGUUUCUCCGCCGAGUCGCUGUGUGAGAGGAUCAUGGACUCUCAGUGCUGUCUUCUUAUAACAGCCGAUGGGUUUUACCGCGGUGAUAAGCUGAUCAAUCUGAAGCUUAUAGCCGAUGAAGCGCUACAGAAAUGCAGGGACAAGUCUUUCACUGUGGAGAAAUGUAUAAUGCUAAAACACCUCACAAAGGAAGACGAGGCCUCACCGCCGGGCUCACUGUCACCCCCAGCGAAGCGCUCCUGUCCCGACCUGCAGCAGGAGAAACAGAAAAGAGUAAGGAAGGUCCGUCCCCCCCCACAGGUGCCGUGGAAUCCUGAGGUGGAUAUGUGUUGGCACACUCUGAUUGGUGGAGCGUCAGAGGAGUGUGAGCCUGUGUGGUGUGAUUCAGAGGACCCGCUCUUCAUCCUCUACACCAGUGGCUCUACUGGGAAACCUAAGGGUGUGUUGCAUACCGUGAGUGGCUACAUGCUCUACACUGCGGCCACCUUUAAGUUGGUGUUUGAUUAUCACUCUGAUGAUGUGUACUGGUGCACUGCGGACAUUGGUUGGAUCACCGGUCACUCAUACAUCACAUAUGGGCCGUUGGCCAAUGGCGCAACCAGUGUGUUGUUUGAGGGUCUUCCAACAUACCCGAAUGUGAGCCGAAUGUGGGAGAUUGUUGAUAAAUAUCAGGUCUCCAAGUUCUACACAGCACCCACCGCCAUCCGGCUACUGAUGAAGUACGGCAGCGAGCCCGUUCAGAAGUAUAAGCGGACCUCCCUGAAGAUUUUGGGGACAGUAGGGGAGCCCAUAAACCCAGAAGCCUGGCAGUGGUACUACAGCGUGGUGGGAGAGAAGAGAUGUCCGGUGGUGGACACUUUCUGGCAGACCGAGACGGGUGGGCAUGUGAUGACCCCUCUGCCGGCCGCUACACCCCUGAAGCCUGGCUCUGCCACAUUUCCCUUUUUUGGGGUUGUACCUGCUAUUCUGAAUGAGUCGGGGGAGGAACUUGAAGGACCGAGUGAAGGCUAUCUGGUGUUUAAACAGCCUUGGCCGGGUGUGAUGAGAACAGUGUAUGGAAACCACCAGAGGUUCGAGACCACCUACUUCAAGAAAUUUCCUGGAUAUUACGUGACUGGAGACGGUUGUCGUAGAGAUAAAGACGGGUACUACUGGAUCACUGGAAGGAUAGAUGACAUGCUGAAUGUGUCUGGACACUUACUGAGCACUGCAGAGGUGGAGUCGGCUCUGGUGGAGCAUGAAGCCGUGGCGGAGGCAGCGGUUGUGGGGAGACCACACCCUGUCAAAGGCGAGAGUCUCUACUGUUUUGUCACCCUCAAUGACGGAAUCAACUUCAACCAAAAGCUGGAGGCGGAGCUUAAAAAGCAAGUGAGAGAGAAGAUUGGUGCCAUAGCUACGCCUGACUAUAUUCAGAAUGCGCCCAGCCUUCCAAAAACCAGAUCAGGUAAGAUUAUGCGUCGUGUCUUGAGGAAGAUAGCGUGCAAUGAACGGGAUUUAGGUGACGUGUCCACAUUAGCAGACAGCUCCGUCAUUGACCAGCUGUUUGAGAACCGCUGCUGUUCUGCUGUGUGACCACCAGGGGCAUCCAACACAACGCCACUGUCUGGCCCCAAUACAAGCUUCAGUUCUGGAAGGAAAAGGAUGAGUCUGAGCUUAGAAUGGAGUUUAGGAUAAUGCUAGUGCGCAGACAGAAUGAAAAAAAUGAAAGACUUCUCUAAGAAAACCUAAGGAUUGGGAGGGGCACAGUUUUAACCACUUUUUUUUUUUUUUUUUUUU